CCAUGCCGUCGUGGGUGACAUGAACAGCUGAUUCAUUAGAAAUGCUGAUAGAUUCCCUAAUCGGAGAGCCUCGUUUUUAAUGGGUACACAAAACAUUAUAGAAGUCCUGGGUUCGUCCCGUCGUGGGUGACAUGAACAGCUGAUUCAUUAGAAAUGCUGAUAGAUUCCCCAAUCGGAGAGUCUCGUUUUUAAUGGGUCCACAAAACAUUAUAGAAGUCCUGGAUUCCUCUCAUGCAGGACCCCAUUUUUUAUUCCAUCAAUGGUCAGAAUCUGACUAUUAGUUAAGCAUAGACGUCAUGAAUCUGUGCUGAGGUAUGAAUGACAAUUCCUUUGAAUGAAGUGAGGGAUCUUAAUACGGCGGUGUCUAUGCCUCGUCAUGUACGAGACCGAACGGAAAGUUGUUUCAGGCCAAUGCACUUUCUUGAACAUGGGAGACUGGGUUCGUAUAUGGGAGAAUCGAUUAUUCAUAAAAUAAAAUAAAAUAUUUUUAACAUCCUUCAAGCCAAAGGUAAAAAUAGAAUAAGUAAGCGCCUUGACUUUCCUCGUAAAAAACAAUGUGAGUAUAACACCUACAUCGUUCAAAUCCAUUUGACUGAGUACCUACAAACGAGCUGGUAGACAAAUACCCGCUAGUUUGGGGCUGUUGUAUGUUAUUCUCUUGGGCAGCUCCAAAUACCCAUUUCAAUUCACAUUUGCGAGUAGUACAGUGAAUGGCACUGAUGGAGUCCAACAGCAAUGAAGAAAUUUCUAAUAGUAGAGAAGAAGAGCAGAAGGAUUCUGGGCAGAGGAGUGUUGAACUUAUUGGUAAUUACAAUUGGGGAUUUCUGUGUACUCCCAGGAUUGUGUGCGGUGGGAAGAGAGAUUUGCUUCCUUUCUAUGGUAAGGAUGAGAAGAUACCGCUCCUCCUGGCUGCAGUCAUGGGCCUCCAGCACGCCCUGGCAAUGGUUGGAGGCAUCAUCACUCCACCAAUACUCAUUUCAAGCAGUGCAGGAUUUUCUACAAGCACCCAAGCAUACUUGGUCUCUGCUGCAUUGAUAGUAUCAUCUUUGGCAUCUCUCGUUCAGAUACUGCAGUUCAAGAUUCCAUUUACUUCUUAUGUACUAGGAUCAGGAUUGCUCUCUGUCAUGGGUAUUACCUUUGCAGUUGUGCCAAUUGUUAAUCAGGUAGUCUCAGUGCUAACUGCAUGUACAUGUAAUGGCAUAUCUUGUUCUGUAAACGGAUCAUGCAAAGCAUGUAACCAACAACUUGAAGGAGAAUGCCUAUCCGGUGAAGAUGCCUAUGGUCACAUCCUUGGCACUAUUCUUGUCUGUUGUUGGCUACAAGUUGCAGCUUCCUUUUGUCCUGCAAGAAUUCUGCGACGUAUAUUUCCACCUACUGUGACAGGGACUUGCAUCAUAUUGAUUGGUGUCUCCUUGAUAACCACGGGUUUUGAAAAUUGGGGAGGAGGUUCAUAUUGUGCUACUCAGGUGUUAACAUCUGAAGCAUUAUGCACAGGCAAUGGUGAUGUGAAACUUCCAUUUGGUCAUAGGUAUUAUGUGGGACUUGGUUUUGUAGUCUUCUGUGCCCUUGUGUUGGUGGAAAUGUUUGGAUCUCCAUUUAUGCGUAACAGUCAGGUUAUAAUUGGACUAGCAAUUGGCAUGCUUGUGGCAUCAUUAGUACAUGUCACUCACUGUGAAGAUAAUUGUCAGUUGCAGUCAUGCAGAGAUAUUUGUUAUGGCGUCCUCCCAGAGGGUGUGCACUACAAUUCCUCUAGUCAUACAAUUUCAGGAAUACCAAAGUCUUUCUAUCAAAAUGCCACUGUAUGCGUUCAACAAUGCAAUCCAGCAACAUGCAAUAAAACCUGUCAAAAAUAUAGGUACGUUACUGGCACGAAGAUAGUGAAUGCUGAUUGGGUAACUUUCCUAUGGGUGCACACAUUUCCUUUGAAAUUUUAUGCUCCAGCAGUUCUGCCACUCUUCUUUGCCUUGAUGACAGCCACAAUGGACUGCAUUGGUGAUGUGACAGCAACAGUUGAAGCCAGUUUUCUUGAACCCUUUGGACCCCAGUUUGAGAAAUCAAUUCAAGGUGCAGUUUUAGCUGAUGGAUUAAAUACCUUUUGGGCAGCAUUGGCAACAAUGACACCUGUAACUACAUAUGCCCAGAACAAUGGAGUGAUUUCUCUUUCUCGAUGUGCAUCUCGUCGAGCAGGGAUCGCAUGCUGUAUGUGGCUCUUCAUGCUGGGAGUAUUUUCCAAGUUUGCAGCGAUUCUUGUCUCAAUACCCAAUUGUGUUUUGGGUGGAAUGACGACCUUUCUUUUUACAAGUGUGAUGGUCUCAGGAAUUCGUGUUCUGAAUAUAAAGGAAGGAUUAACUCGAAGGAAUAAAUUUAUUUCAAUAGUUUCUCUAGGAAUUGGUCUUGGUGUGAAUCUUGUACCAGCUUGGGUUAAUAUAUCUGGGCAAUCCAACUAUCCCCUUCAAGGUAAUCUAUGGCCUGUGAAUCCUGGAUGGAGUGCUGGCUAUAGAGGUUUUCGAGAUGCUAUCAUAUUAGUUUUGUCCAAUGGCUUUUCAGUGGGGGGCUUGCUGGCUCUUGUACUCAACUUGAUUUUGCCUUUUGAUGAUGAUGAGAAAGAAUUGCCUCUUAAGAAGCAGCUCCUUGUACGAUCCACUUCAAUUGACAACAGAAAUUAGAUGUCACAUAAACAAUGACUCAAGGUUACUUUACACCAGUGGAUAAAGUAAGAAAAAUUUGCAAUGCUUUUGGAAGAGUUGGUUUGCCCAAUAGAUUAAGCCAAACAUUGAUGAGCCCAAGCUAAAAACAUCUAGAUGAAUCAAGAGAAAUUCAAUAAAGAUGAUACUGAUUGUGUGACUGCCAAUGCCAACUAUCCUCCAUAAUAUAGAUUUUAAACGAUUUGAGUUAAUAAUAUUAUUUUUAAUGAUUUAGAAAAGAUUCUAUAUA